GUGAAACUGUCAGGAGAAAUUAGAAGCCAGUCACUCUUAGGGGAAAGAGGGUUAAGACAGUCCAGUAUCAAUGGUUCAUCUCUCCUCACUUUUGCAGACAGUCCGAUAUCAAGUACUUAUCUCCCUCAUGCUGUCAAGUCAAACAAAAGACCAAGUUACUUUUGCUGCAAUGGAAAAGUUAAAGGCUUAUGAGUUAAAAAUAGAGAACAUUCUCACAACACCAACAAGCAAAAUUGGCCAGUAGCAAUUGGAGGAAUUGUGGGUUGUGUGUGGGUUUAUACACAGAAAGUGGAACUACACUAUUGUUCUGUCACCAUAUUCUCACCAAUAGCAUAGCUCCACUUUCUGCAAACUUCCAGGUGUGGGCCCAAAAAUGGUGCAUAUUACCAUGAAUGUGGCUUGGGGACAAGUGACUGGAAUUGGAGUUGAUACUCAUGUUCAUAGAAUUUCUAACAGACCAAGAUGGGUCAAAAAACGUACUAAACUGCCAGAGGAAACUAGAAUUGCUGUAGAAAGCUGGUGAAAAUGAAUUCUUUUUCUGUUUUGCAGAGAGGAGUGGGAUGAACUGAAUGUAUUGUUGGUUGGAUUUGCUCAGCAGACAUGUGUUCCUGUAAGUCCAAUGUGCGAGUUUUGUCUUAACUCCAAGAUCUGUCCUGAAGGUCGAAGAAGGAGCAGAGGAAAAGCUGAGGAGGAAACUAAGAAAAAACUUUCACCCAGAAAGGAUAGAAAGGACACUAAGACUUAAGGGGAAAUUAAGUUUUACUUUAACAAAGGCUGUCCUUGUCUUUAGC